GCCGACAGAGAACGUCAGUGGCGGCGAUGCUCCGCGGGACGAAGGCUGCGCUGCGGGAGUGCGAGCGCGAGACGCGCCUCGGCGCGCGCAAAGUUCACGUCGUCGUUACGUAAUAAUCUGCAGCGCUCUCUCUCUCUCUCUCUCUGUCGGUCUCGCUUUUGCGCACACACGUCGCGACUACGCUCGGUAGAUCCCUGCGUUACGCACGUGCGUGCGUGCGUGCGUGCGUAUGUGCAGUUGGAAUGCGGUGACGGCUCGAACGCGGUUUCCCAGUGGAGAAUUUCGGACGCGUCUCGGGAAUGUCGUCGGGGAAACAGGGUUUCGUCGCACCUCGCAUCUCGCGCUCGACACGCGUCUCGCCGGUGCGAAAGAACGAAGCUUAGGCUAUGCGGCUUCACACCGUUACCCCGGUUGUCAUGAUUCGUUAGGGCUUCGCCGAAGUCGGACGUGAUGCACCGGCCGUUCUUUUCUCUCUCUCUCUCUCUUUCUCUCUUUCUGUCCAAGUCCGAGCUUCGAGGUCAAGCGCGCUCCGUCGGGUCUCGCUUCGCAGUGGAGUACGACGGAUGCAUAUAUAUGUGUGUUGCUGCAAACUCGCGCCUCGCGCACGUGAUCGGGAGGUCACCGGUGGUAUCUGACGGCGGACUCCGCACUAUCGACGCCAGUCGGCCACUCACACGGCCGUUCAAUUGCUCGUGCGGCAUGCUUGCGCCAGCGAGCCUUCCUUUGCCGGCUUACGCUCGCGACGGUCGUUGGUUGAACACCGGCUAUCAGCGAGCGAGCUUCGCCGUCCCGGCUUGAGAGAACGCGCGCACGCCGCGCGCGCGUACACAUCCGCUGUUUCGGCCGCGAGCCAUCGGGGGGCCUCCGUCCGGGGCCACCAGCAACGGUGCAACGAUGCUGCUGCAUCUGUUCGAGAGCAUCCAGUACAUCCCCAAGUUGUACUACGGCGCGCUGCUGGGCAUCGGCUUUUGCGUCUAUUAUCUCUGCGAGGUCGUCAAGACGCCCCUGCUGGUUUGCGCGAACGGGCCGUUCCGAUCGUUCUUGGAGGCGAAUAUCCCGCUGGUGCAGAAUAAGUUCUGGCCGACGUUAUGGUGCUUCGAGUCGCGGGCCCAGACCAUCUUCGCCAGCAUCUUGAGAUCCCGAAUACUGCCGCAUAUCGAGUAUCGCAGAGAAAUUUUAACUCUGUCCGAUGGCGGCGAGGUGGCUCUGGAUUGGGCCGAGAAAGAUUGCUCCGUCACUUCGCCGAUCGUGAUUAUCCUGCCGGGUCUCACGGGUGGUAGCCAAGCGGAAUACAUCAAGUGCCUGGUGUCAGCCGCGAGAAAAAUCGGAAUACGAUGCGUGAUCUUCAACAACAGAGGCCUAGGCGGCAUGAAACUCAAGACCCCGCGAACUUACUGCGCUGCGAACUACGAUGAUCUAACCGAAGUCAUUGAGCACGUGAGGAAGCUCCAUCCUCACGCAAUCCUCGGAGCCACCGGAAUCUCCAUGGGAGGGUUGAUCUUAGGUAACUACUUGGCGCAAGGCCUGACGGCGAGAACCAAACUGAAAGCUUGCCUUAUUAUCUCGGUACCGUGGAACGUGUUCGCCGCGUCGAAGAAUACGGAGGAGAACUACUUUAAUCUAAUGCUAAACAAACACCUAGCCAGCAAUCUACGUCGCACUGUACAAAAAUAUAAUUUGUCCGACAUCGGCUCUUUUAACGUUGACAUGGACACUGUCCUUAAGAGUCAGACGAUAAGGGAGUUCGACUCGCACUUUACGGCGAAGCAAUUCGGAUACAAGGACGUCGAGGAGUAUUACAGCAACGCGACGAUCCACGACAAGUUGCACCUGAUCGAAGUACCGACGUUGUGCCUAAACGCGGCGGACGACCCGUUCCAGCCGUUGAAAGCGAUACCCCUGAAGGAGAUCAGCAAGAGCAAAUAUGUGGCCGUGGUGGUGACGUCGCGUGGCGGACAUAUCGGUUUCCUGGAGGGAGUCUGGCCGGUCAAGGAGGAGCAAUAUUUGGGGAAGUUCUUCUCGCAGUACUUUGCGGCGAUGUUCAGCAAUGGUCUCGAUCAGCAGGAGCUUUGACGUAAUCGUAGAUUAGAGUCGAGAAAGUCGGUGGCCGUAAGCGCCUCGCUGCGCCUUCCAGCGACGGAAACGCGCCGACGGGAAACACGCGACGCGUGCCUACCUUACGCCCGUUCCGAUCUUAUUCCUAGCUGAAGUGUGGCGCACACUAGCUCUAUACAAUCAUGGUAACUUCUUACCGUUUUUAUACAGUCUUCGAGGACGCCCGUAGUGGAGCGUAAUUGUCCACAUUUUAGCACAUUACGUAAACUCGGCUCUCUCGCCGAGACAGAAUGCUUGUCAAUUUUACCGUUUUGUUACUUUGAUGAUAGUUGACGCACAAUGAAAUUAUCGUUUCCCAACGAUGAUCAAUAUAGGAACUGUGAUUCUUUUCUUUUUUUUUUCUUAAAGCUACUGUACCACCGAUUGCUUCAAUCGCUAUCGUUGACAUACGCUAAAUACGUCCUAAUUCUACUAAGGUUCAGGAGAACAUGUGCACAGGGUGAGGCAGGAAUUACUAUUAUCUUGAAUGUCUUCGAAAAAUAAUAUUUUAUUAACGAUUAAAUAAAGAUGAGAAAAAGUUUACAUUUACAGAAUAUGUAAUAUUCUCGAAGUGAUGACUUGCGAUUUUUGUUGAAUACAUCUCCUAGUCUCGUAUCUCGAAGGUGUAUUCAAGGUGGUAAUAAUUAAUACCUUGCCCUGUAUAAUUAUUGUAUUCCUUAGCGUUUAAGAGGAUGUCGAAGUAGUCUGUACUCUCGGCACUAACAGAUGCUAUGAUAUUAACCCAUUUCGUUCCUCCGUUCCUAUAUAUAGGAAGCAAAUUUAUCUAUCUUCAAACAUUUUUCUUAUCUAUGGUAAAGGUAGAUUCUGGUUUUGUUGCUGAAAUAUAGUUUAAAUUUGUAUC